AUGGCGGGUAGGGUGAGCCGUAAUUGCCAGAUAUGCGGCAGCGACAUUGGUUUCACCAUGUUCGAUGAUGGCUUUUUCUACUGUGGCUAUUGCAACUCUCAGGCAGAUGAUAUUGUGGACACUGGGGUCGAUGAGGACCAACUUUUCUCCAAUUACUCCUCCACUUACACUCGGGCCCGCCGGGCCAAGCCCGAUGAUGCUGUCGAGCCCAAGCCCGAGCCCGAGGUAAAACUCGACACUUCACAGUAUUUGGACCAUAUUGAUGUUCCCAUGGAUGACUUGGGGGAUGUGGGUUACGACGAUGGAGUUGGGCCGACCGAGCCCAAUGACUUUGGUUCGUCUAAAAAGAAUAUUAGCUAUGAGGAAUAUUAUUUAGAGAUUAGGUCAAGAUACUUGGCUGGGAUUCAGAUUAUGAUUCAAUUGCAGUGCAAGGCUUUGGUUGAGGAGUUUAGUGUCAGCCCUUUGAUUGUUGGGCUUAUUGGGCCUCUGUGGCUGAGGUACUUGGCUUCUACUGGCAUUAUGGCUGAUGAAUGGGCCGACCGGGCUGUUCAUGAUUCUGAGUCUCAGCCACAAGGGGAAGUCGAUGAAAUUCAGCCCAGUGCCUCAAACCAUGAUGAGCCUGUAAACAUUCAUGGGAAAAGAGUGGUGGAAAUAUGGCAGAGUUCCCUCAGAAACACAAUAGCCAUACCUUGUACCUUAGCUAUUUCAUUCCUUGCUUGCCUUAUUGCUCGUGAGCCCAUAACUCCAUCAGACAUCGUGAGGUGGGCUGUCGAGGGAAAAUUACCAUAUUUUGCUGCUUUUCGAGAAAUAGAGAAGCAGAUGGGGCCCACUUCCGAGGCGUGCCCGAUUCGUGCAAGUGUCAUGUUCCGGCCCGUACGGAUUAUCUCAUCUCAAAGACUCGAGUCGAUGGCGGCUGGAAUUGCACAGAAAAUCGGUUUGGAUUUGCCUCCGGUGAACUUUUAUGCUAUUGCUUCGCGUUAUCUUAAAGAGUUAUCUCUCCCUGUAGAGGAAAUACUUCCAUCUGCAUGCCGUGUGUGUGAAUGGUCUUUGCCAUCUGAAUUAUAUCUUUCAGCGAACGAGUUUCGAAUUCCCACUCGUGCAUGUGUCAUGUCAAUCCUUGUUGUUACAUUAAGGAUUCUUUUCAACAUUAAUGGGUAUGGAGUGUGGGAAUCAAGUUUGCCUGAUGAUGCCGGUUGUUCGUCAUCAAAGAAAAAGGUCAAAAAUGGAGUUUCGCGUUCUGAUACAUUAGAGCCUUCUGGAUUGAAUGAUAAGAAGCUGCUAAGUCUGUUUGAAGCAAAAUAUGAUGAGCUUGAUAGUGUGCAUGCAUAUUCCAAUGACUUGCUGUCAUACCUCAGUUACUGUAAGGACGUGGUGUUUUCUGGAUUUCAGCCGUCUUUUGAGGAUAUUGAAGAAGAAAAGCUGGUGAAGGAUUUGUGGGAUUUUUAUAUGAAUAACAAGGACACUGGAACACUAGAUACUCGAGAAGAUGAUAAUAAAAAAACUGAAGGGGGCCAAGACACUUCCAAUACCACACCAGAAAAAGCCGAUACUUAUCUUCAUGGUGAUCCAAAACAGUCCACAAAAGACAAAGCAAUAAGGCAACUACAGCUGGACAUGGACGAAAACAAAUUUACAUAUAUUCCCCCAAGGGUCAAUGUUAAGAACCCAGACUAUGUCCAUUAUGCGAGGAAAAGGAAAGAAGUGCUUAUCUAUGCUGUCCAUGCCGAUUACUACAUUUUACUCCGUUCUUGUGCUAAGGUUGCCCGAGUUGAAGCUAGGGUCAUGCAUACAGCAGUGCUGAGUUUGGAAAGAAGAUUGAGGACCCAACGAGGCCUUCCCGAGACAUUGGUUUCCAUCUUGCGGGCCUGGCUUUUCGAGCACUUUCUUCACCCGAAUCAAAAGGAUUUUGAAAAGCUUAUGCUGGCUAGACAGACAGGAUUAACAAGAAGUCAGGUCUCGAACUGGUUCAUAAAUGCGCGAGUCCGCCUCUGGAAUCCCAUGGUCGAGGAGAUGUACAAAGAGGAAAAGGGAGAUGCCGACAUGGACUCAAACUCUUUGGGAUUACGGGACAGGAAAAACACGAGAAACGGGCCGAAUAUUUACGCGUCAUCAGCCACAGGUGAUGCUUACAACAUGUCUGAGCUUGGGGGAAUCGGUGGUGUCGACCCCGUGUCGCUUACACUGGGGUUGCAGCAAGGAGAAGGUGGUGGGUUGAACAGUCACGGUUAUAAUCUCCUGAGAGAAGGUUUAGGGUAUAACGAUGCAGCUGCAGCCAUGGCCAAUGAGGCAGGCGGAGUUUGA